UUUGCGGGAAUUAGUGCAUGGCGAGGGAAGCAAAUGCACAGCCACAAUUAUAGGACACCUGAAUCUUUUCAAGAUCAAAUUGACAGUGUUCAUCAAGAUGGUCGUGUGGUUUUCAAAGAUGGAGACACAGAUGGUGCGAAAAUCAUAGUACAUUGCACAGGGUACAAGUAUGAUUUCCCAUUCCUUGAAACAAAUGGGGAAGUAAGUGUAGAUGACAACUGGGUAAGACCAUUGUACAAGCAUGUUUUUCCACAAGCAUUGGCCCCACGGCUUUCAUUUGUUGGGUUGCCUUGGAAGGUUGUUCCCUUCCCCAUGUUCAAACUGCAGACCAAAUGGAUAGCAGGAGCUUUGUCAAAUCGCCUUGCACUUCCUUCCAAAGAAGAAAUGACUCAAGAUCCUGAAGCAUUCAACUCUUCACUUGAAGCUUCUGGCACUUCUAAGCGUUACACUGAUAAUACGGCCAAUUACCAAAUGGUUCCUAAAGUUAAAACUUAAAAGCAAUGAAUGUUUUUUAGCUUGUC